GAUAUUAUAAUGCUAUUAUCAAUAUAACGAUUAUUGUAAUAAUUAAGCGGCAAAAUAAGUUUAGUGGCUCAUUAAAUUCACAGGAUAAAUAGUUAGAAAAUAUAUAACGGUGCAAUAUUUUUAGCGGCAAAGCGAGUGACCAAUACACAAAUAGGUAAAAUAUAUAUAAAGUAGCACGAAAUGUCUGUGUUCGAAAAUUUAUCUAACGUACAGAAAAUUCGCGCCGCUAUCUACCGAGAUGUGAAGGCUAUAAGUUCAGAAACUCUACAUUUUUUGGGUCUAGAGAUGACUAAGUCAGCCACGGACGUAACGGCUGAGUUAGUCUAUAAGAAGUUAUUGAUGUAUGGUGCUGAUUUGGAAGCGUUCUCAAAGCAUGCGAAACGUAGCGUGAUAAAUGUAGAGGAUGUUAAACUAUUAGUGAGACGAAAUCCUUCCUUGAAGGAAUAUCUCAACAAAAUAUCACCGACAAAUUCUACACCUAAAGAAAAACGUCGAAAAACUAAGGCACCGGAAACUCUCCAAAAAAAAAGCGACGACACAGGCAGGAGUAAAGAAGAUACGAGAAGUAAAGAAGACGCAAAUGCUGGAAAAGAAAAGGAAUUGUUUGAAAAGCAAGAUGAAGUUGAAAAUAUGAUUGUUGACAACACUAUUGAUUUGACGUUCGAUUAA